UAUAGGUGGAAAAAAAGAGGGAAUGGAAAACAAACAACAUUUAUAGAAAUUGUCAAAAUUUACAAUAAGGAAACAAAAGGAAAAUUUGGGACAAAAUACGCGCUUGAAUUCAUCGCAUAAGCUCUAAACACAAACUCUGUAUCUAUUGAAAUCAUCACUGCUACAAAAGGUCACCGGAAACCAUGGCGUCACCGUCGUCAACGGCGGCGACAAACGUCAUGUUAGCAAUCUUCGAGAAGAAAACCGUAUCACUCGAUCUCUACCGUCCAUUACGAAACUACAUCGCUUUCAAUUACUCCGAACGGGAAGCUCAAAACCUCGAAGAUGAUCUCCAAACUCUCAAGCAAUACCGCUCCGAAAUCGAGCGUGUUCCGGCCGAUUCGCUCCCUGCUCGUCGUGACAUUCUGCAAAAUUACUAUAAAGCCCUCUGUUCUGUUGAAUCUCGUUUUCCGAUCUCACCUGAUAAAGAUCACAUCAAUUCCGUGUUUUUUACUUGGUACGAUACUUUCAAGAACAAGCAGAAAGCUGUGCAGCAGAAUAUUCAUCUAGAGAAAGCUGCAGUUUUGUUCAAUUUGGGAGCAGUGCACAGUCAGAUGGGAUUGAGUCUGGAUCGAUCAGCUGUGGAGGGGCGAAGGCAGGCAUCACAUUCCUUUAUUGCUGC